CUUCCUUYCCCCCMUUGCGAAUCAUGACGRCGUCCUACGCAAACGCCACUUCGAAAACAGCAGGAAAAAUGACAAAUUGUCACAGCCUCCAAGGGAAAUUGAGACUCAUGUCAGAGACACGGCAUUGCUCGAAACGCAACAAAACAACAACAAAGAGUGCGGUUGUGUUUACCGCAAACAGUAGUCYAAAAACAAAUGGUGGUGAUGUGCGAAAGCGYUCCUACGCAUCCGCCCGGGAUGGUAUGGGCCUCGUUGGCAUUCGCAAUGCCUCGAAACGGCGCAGCGAUCGGUUGAAAAUAGUGUCGGUGACUGCUGUUGUCGACAAGAAAAGCAAGGCACACGRCCACGGGGAGGGCAACAUUGGAAAGGCAUCUGCYGAUGCUUCUGCGGCGGGGGCAACCRCAAAAACGACCCMARCRCCAAAGAACGAGGGAGGGGAAGGAUCGUCCUCGUCUGCGGCACCKCCGUCCCAAGCAGCACCUCUGUCCCGGGGAGAAUCCAAGAAAGAAACGCCCCCUUCCUCCGAUGCCGCGAAGAACGGCGGCGGGGGCGGGCCCGGAAGGAGCAACACUCCGGGCGAUCCAGAGAAUCCCAGAGACGCCAAAGGAAGCAACGGCCCUGCACACACGACCACAACGACCACGACCACGACCACGAUGCUUCUGCACCCUCUGGACGUGAAAGAAUACGAGGAGGCGGAGGAACGCCAAAAGGAAGCCCUCCGAAGGAUCGAGGGAGCCCGGCAGCAGGUGUACAAGGACCAGGUCCACCAGGUAUGGGGUCUGUACACGUACGGCCUGAAGCACGUGCUGGGAAUCAAGGACCUGUCCGAUGCGCCCGAUGCCAUUAUGAAAACCAUGUAACAAAAAAUAGAACGAUAUGAAUCGAACCGAACCGAAUAGCUAAUCGAAUCAGUACGAAUAGAAUCUAUUGAAAGUC